UUUCCGAUUGCCAACAGAAUGGCAUGUUGGCCAUCACUAUUUGCCACGUUCGCUUCACUCUUUACUUUUUUUACUUGACACGCCAAGUUAUCAAACUGGAUUUUGUCAAAGGAGACUAACUAGGCCGGAUUUUUUGGAUUUUACAGUACAUGUUACUGUAACGACUUGGAACGAAAAAGGACUCUUCUCUUUUUUUAAGUAAUGCAAGCAGCCGCAGCAGUGAUGGAGGAAUCCAACGCAACCAGCAUUGAGCAACAACCGAUCGCCCUCAUCAACGGCCAAGAGCAGGUGUCCAACGAUCAGCCACCAUCCUCGCCCACUUCGGUGGCAACGCCCACCAGCACCAACAGCGGAGGCACUGGCACUGGCAAUGCCACGGCCGCGUUUAGCUACGACGACCUAUUCCCGGCCCUGCCGGCCAAUACUUCGGCGCCUGCGCUGUCUGGCCCCUCCAGCUCGUCGCUAGCCCGAGUGACAAGCUCGCAGAAGACGCAGGUGUUGCACGUUCCCUGCGAAGAGCGAAAGUCGACGGAGUCCGAAAAGUUUGGCGAAGGCGAAUCAAAGCGGAUUUGCCAGCAAAUCACCAAGGAGACCGGCGCUCAGAUUGAAAUCGUCAGCGGCAAGAACCAGUCGCUCACCUUCCUGAUCAAGGGCAAGCAGAGCGAGCUGUUGGACGCUCGGCGCAAGAUUCUGAUGAGUUUCUCAACGCAGGCCAGCCGGCAGGUGACCGUGCCCCGUGAGCACUACCGCGUGAUCCUGGGCAAGGGUGGCCAGCGGCUGCGGGAUCUGGAGCGCCUCACCUCGACACGCAUCAAUAUCCCGAGUCAAGGCGACGAGAGCGAAUUCAUCACCAUUGCCGGCACGAAGGAGGGGAUCGAGAAGGCGGAGCAGGAGAUCCGCCAGCUGUCUGCGGAGAAGUACAAGAAGUCGUCGGACCGAACCACGAUUCCUAAGAUCUACCAUCCGUUCAUUGUGGGUCCCUACAGCGAGAACUUAAACAAGCUGCAGGAGGAGACGGGCGCCAAGAUCAACGUGCCGCCUCAGCAGGUGCAGAAGGACGAGAUCAUUAUCUCGGGCGAGAAGGAUGCUGUCGCAGCGGCCAAGGAAAAGGUCGAGGCCAUCUACAAGGAGAUGGAGAAGAAGUGCUCCACGGUGAGCGUUGAGGUGGCCAAGCCACAGCAUCGCUAUGUCAUCGGUCCCAAGGGCUCAACCAUUGCCGAGAUCCUGCAACGCACCGGUGUCUCCGUCGAGAUGCCUCCGAACGAUUCCAAUCUGGAGACGAUAACGCUGCGCGGCCCGCAGGUCGCCCUCGGCAAUGCCCUCACUGUUGUCUACCAGAAGGCCAACUCGGUCAAGUCUGUGGAAAUCAAUGCGCCGCACUGGAUCCACAAGUACGUGAUCGGCCGCAAGGGAGCCAACAUGAAGCAGCUUGAGGAGGACUGCCCCAACGUGAACGUGAACUGUCUCGAGGACAAGAUCAAGCUCGAAGGCGACCCGGAGAACGUGGACAAGGCCAUUUCCUACUUGACCGAGAUUAUACGCAACUACGAGGAAAACUUCACCUUUGAGGUGAUGACGGUGAACCCCUCGUACUACAAGCAUAUUAUCGGCAAGGCCGGAUCGAAUGUCAACCGGCUCAAGGACGAGCUGAAGGUGAACAUCAACAUCGAGGAGCGCGAGGGUCAGAACAACAUCCGUAUCGAGGGGCCCAAGGAGGGCGUGCGGCUGGCGCAGCUUGAAUUACAAGAAAAAAUCGACAAACUGGAAAAUGAAAAGUCAAAGGAUGUGAUCAUCGAUCGGCGCCUUCACCGCUCCAUUAUUGGGGCCAAGGGCGAGAAAAUCCGCGAGGUGAAGGACCGCUAUCGCCAGGUGACUAUCACGAUACCCACACCCCAGGAGAACACGGACAUUGUGAAGCUGCGCGGCCCCAAGGAGGAUGUGGACAAGUGCCACAAGGAUCUCAUGAAACUGGUUAAGGAAAUCCAGGAGUCGUCGCACAUCAUCGAAGUGCCCAUCUUCAAGCAAUUCCACAAGUUCGUCAUCGGCAAGGGCGGCGCCAACAUUAAGAAGAUUCGCGAUGAGACCCAAACGAAAAUCGACCUGCCCGCUGAGGGGGACACCAACGAGGUGAUAGUCAUCACUGGCAAGAAGGAGAACGUCUUGGAGGCCAAGGAGCGCAUUCAGAAAAUCCAGAACGAGCUCUCCGACAUUGUCAGCGAGGAGGUGCAGAUCCCGCCCAAGUACUACAACUCCAUUAUCGGCACAGGGGGCAAACUCAUCUCCUCAAUCAUGGAGGAGUGCGGCGGAGUGUCCAUCAAGUUCCCCAACAGCGACUCUAAGAGCGACAAGGUCACCAUUCGAGGACCCAAGGAUGACGUUGAGAAGGCCAAGGGACAGCUGCUGGAACUGGCCAAUGAGCGGCAGCUGGCAUCCUUCACCGCCGAGGUGCGGGCCAAGCAGCAGCACCACAAGUUCUUGAUCGGCAAGAAUGGCGCUUCAAUUCGCAAGAUCCGCGAUGCCACGGGCGCACGCAUCAUCUUUCCAUCGAACGAGGACACGGACAAAGAGGUGAUCACCAUCAUUGGCAAGGAGGAUAGUGUAAAGAAGGCCAAGGAGCAGCUGGAGGCGAUCAUUAAGGAGUGCGACGAGGUCACUGAGGGCGAGGUGGCCGUCGAUCCCAAGCACCACAAGCACUUUGUGGCCAAGCGGGGACUCAUCCUGCACCGCAUUGCGGAGGAAAACGGAGGAGUGAUGAUCUCCUUCCCCCGCGCUGGCACCAACUCAGACAAGGUGACGCUCAAAGGCGCCAAAGACUGCAUCGAGGCUGCCAAGCAGCGGAUCGAGGAGAUCGUGGCCGACCUCGAGGCUCAGACCACCAUUGAGGUGGUCAUCCCGCAGCGCCAGCAUCGCACGAUUAUGGGUGCACGAGGCUUCAAGGUGCAGCAAGUCACAUCCGAGUUUGAUGUUCAAAUAAAGUUCCCCGAUCGGGAUGCCACCGAGCCAGUGGAGGGUCUCAGCCUCACAAAUGGCGGAGUGAAUGGAGAGGGAGAGGGCCAGGAUGGCGAGGCCGGCGAGUCGACCGCUGUAGAUGGAGCAGAGCCCGUGCGGCAGUGUGAUGUCAUCCGCAUCACCGGCCGCAUAGAUAAGUGCGAGGCCGCAAAGCAAGCCCUGCUCGACCUCAUUCCCAUUGAGGAAGAGCUGAGUGUUCCUUUCGACCUGCACCGCACCAUCAUUGGGCCUCGCGGCGCUAAUGUCCGGCAGUUUAUGUCCAAGCACGAUGUGCAUGUCGAGCUGCCACCCAGCGAACUCAAGUCGGACAUCAUCAAGGUCUCGGGCACUCCGGCCCAUGUGGCCGAGGCCAAGGAGGCGCUGGAAAAGAUGAUCGAAGACUUUGAGGCUGACCGGGCCGAUCGCGAGCUGCGCUCGUUCGUGCUUCAGCUGGACGUGGACCAGGAGUAUCACUCAAAGCUCAUUGGUCGCCAUGGUGCCGUCAUCAACAAGCUGCGUGCUGACCACGACGUGAACAUCUCGCUCCCCAAGCGGGACGAUCCCAAUCAACGCAUCAUUUCCAUCACCGGCUAUCAGGCCAAGGCGGAGGCAGCUCGCGAUGCCAUUCUGGAAAUCGUCGGGGAUCUCCAGACACUUCACCGCGAGGUUAUCGAAAUCGACACGCGGGUCCACUCCCACAUCAUUGGCCAUCGUGGGCGCACUAUUCGCAAAAUCAUUGAAGAUUACAAGGUGGAUAUCAAAUUCCCCUCCUCCGACGAUGCUCAAAACAAUCCCAAUGCCGUGACCAUCAUUGGCAAGGAGGAAGAUGUGGAGAACGCUAAGGAUGUGCUCCUCAGCAUGGCCGAGGAUUACGAGCGCGACUACUUGGAAAACUUGCCGCCCUCUCCCCAGCCGCAGACAGUGGGGGCCUUCCUCACUGGUGCUGGGGGCAACUCGGGCUCGGGUGCUGUCGGUGGUGGUGGUGCCAACGAGAACGGAUUCAUCAUGAAGGAUGCGCCGUGGGAGAAGCAAAAGCAACAAGCCAAGAAUCUAACUGCGCCUAACACUCAGUCGCAGGAGGAUUUCCCACACUUUGCUGCGGGCGGGGCUGCAGUCGCCACCACGCCCAUCACCUCCGUGUGGGGCCCCAAGAACUAACUAGUUCGGGGCAAGUGCGUCCCCAGCAGCAGAAGCAAUACUACCCGUUGCGGUGCGUCGCGGGGACUGAACCUGGAGCGGGUGGAGAGGAGAGCAUCGGAACAGCAGAAGUCGUGCGGGCGUCUCGUCUCGUCUCGUUAGUCGAAAACUAGUGUCAAAACGGUAUAGGUUGUCUCCUAGGAGCUUUUCUACAACGCAAUUUGUGCAGGUUAAUUGAAGAAGACAAAUGACAAAACAGGAAACUAUUUUUGUAUAAUUUGAUACAGAAUCAACACAAGCCCGACCACACACAGACACACAUACACAGAUAUACAGCUCGCCCACAAUCAUAAAAUUGCAUUUAUACAACAUAGAAUACAAACAGACAAACAAACAGACAGACAGACAAACAUCCGACUCAGGCGCCCAUGGUUCUGUUGCCCCGUAACCUGCAAUGUGUGUUUUUUGGGGGCCCUGGCCACUAUAUAUGUAACACUUAAUUGCCACUUUCUUUUAUGUAACCAUUUUGUUUCAUUUUCAACACAUAAUAUUCUAAUUAGUUCAAGCCCUAAAGUAAGCAGAAAGCUCAUGAUUUGUUAAUUCAAUUUGAAAGUGACUCAGCACGGUCAAGAACGAAAAUAAUUGUAAGCAUAAAAUGUUAAUUAUUUACACUCGCCGCUCCUUAUUUUUGUUUAUUUGCUAAAUUCUAUCUCGUAAUUGUUCUGAUAAUACAAUACACAAUUCUCUCCUUCCCCCCUUCGUUUUUAAAAACGUUGCUGCCCAUUUUCUGCAAGCCCGAGCUAGUUGUUAUAUUUUAGUUCGAAAGAGAACGAUUUGAACGUUGAUUGAUUGAUUAUAUUGUAAUAACGUUUUUUGCGUUUAUGGGCUGAGUGGAAGUGGGACGAACGACGAACAACAAAAUACAAAUUUAUAAAUUAAAAUAAAAUGUACUCCAUUUUCCACUCGCCUCCUCCUGCUCCUGUUCACAUGACUCGGCGUCAACGGCUGAUACGAACACGAAAAGAACACCCAAAACAACCCCACUCACAUUUCAAAAUGAACACCAACAUUUUAAUUUUGUGCAAUCUUCUUGAUUUAUAUUAAAUUGUUUUUGACCUAUGAUGAAUGUUUCCCACUUAAAUAACUUAUGCACUUUUUAUUAAUACCUUGUAUCGAGUGUCGGCUGUUUUCUCGACAUAUGUAUACACCCCGUGCAUUAUUUGAAAGUUGAAACACAAAGUAUGAGAAAAAUUCUAAUUUUUUACUUGCUAUUCAAUAAAA